CCACAAGGAAAAAACUCAUCAAUUUCCUUCCGCUCCCUUGAAGAGAAUUCCCUUCCCCAAUUCAACGAUCAUGAAAGAGCUGUACAUACAAAGAUCAAUCCAAAUGGAAAAUCGUUACCAAUAAAUUUCGCUGUGAUACAUAUACAACAUGACGGUAGCAGCUGGAAUUGGGUACGCCUUGUUGGCCCUUGGUCCCUCUCUCUCCAUCUUCGUUGCUGUCAUUUCCAAGAAACCCUUCUUGAUCCUCACCCUUCUCUCAAGUACGCUGGUGUGGCUUGUAAGUCUGAUAGUGCUAUCAGGGGUGUGGAGGGCUUUUCUUCCACUUGAAACAACAGCAUGGUGGCCAUAUGGGAUCCUUAUUCUCACUUCUGUUGUAUUUCAAGAAGGGGUUCGCGUUGGCUUCUGGAGAGUAUACAAGAGGUUGGAAGAUAUGUUGGAUGCUUUCGCUGACAGAGUUGCGAAACCACGGCUCUUUUUGACAGAUAAGAUGCAAAUUGCUCUUGCUGGUGGUUUGGGUCAUGGUGUGGCCCAUGCUGUUUUCUUCUGCAUCAGCCUCUUAACUCCUGCAUUUGGGUCAGCGACAUUUUACGUUGAGAAGUGCUCACAGAUACCCUUUUUUCUUGUUUCUGCAAUUAUUGCUCUUGCAUUUGUUACGAUACACACUUUCUCAAUGGUCAUCGCAUUCAACGGAUAUGCAGAGAAGAAGAGAGUGGACCAAUUAUUUGUGCCCAUAGUUCACCUUGUUGCAGGAAUGCUGGUAGGUCACCUCUCUACUAUUCGAGGUUGGAAAGCACAUUCGCAUUUCAUGCAUGUCAAUCUUGCAAUUACAUAUUUUUUUCCUUUCAAAAAGGCAUAUGCAUCUCUCUAUCUCCUUCUCUCUGUUCGACUUUCUUGAAUGUAAUCGGAUGUUCUUGUUGUCACCAUUUAUUCUUGUUUCUAAGAAGAACCUUAUGAGAUACUAUCUAUCCGAAAGAAAAGAAAAGGCCUUGUGAGCUCUGCUGAUGCACCGGUGCUCUGAUGCACAUAAGAAAUCAUUUUUUUGUUUUGUUUUGUUUUUGUCUUGGUAUCUGAAUGUUGAUUUUAUUGCCUUUACUGAACUACGAGUCUUGUCAACGGUUUGUGCCGAUGGGUUUUCAGUGCGGUGAAGUGGGAAACUUAAAAAUCUUUUGUGGGCUAA